AUGUGGCUGAUCAGCAUCGCGGUCACUACGUCGGCUCUGGCCAUCGUUCUGUGCUUGGUGGCUGCUGCUUACAUGUUCAUCGACUUGAGCAAGUUCCUCAGUUCAACUAUGAAAGAUUUGGAGGAGUUCAAGGACUUCUCAAAUAGUGCUUGGGAUUCAAUGACUCGGCUCACUAUUCCAGCCAAAUCAAAUCAAGCCGAAAGCUUUCUGUUGUCGGGAUUAUUCCGUGAAAAACGUAAAGUUCGUGCAGGACGACAAGGAGCAUUAACGGGCACAAUUCUUGGCGAUCCUCGAAUGCAAUGUCAGUGUACCUUGUUAGAUAACCGUUGUGAGAUGGGACCACGUGGUCCACCUGGAGAUGUGGGAGAACGAGGCUUGGACGGUAGGCCUGGAAUUAGAGGACAACCUGGCAUCCAGGGAAGCAUUUAUAUACCAGGAUUACCAAGUGGAUGUAUUCGGUGCCCACCCGGACCGCCUGGGCCACCUGGACCUGUUGGUCCAAGGGGAAGUCCAGGUCCUCCUGGAACUCCCGGUAGACCCAGCCUUGGUGGUAUUGGAUUGCCUGGAAGACCUGGGCCAGUUGGAGAUCCAGGACUGCGUGGCCCUCCUGGAAGAAGGGGACCGGACGGUUCACCUGGAAAAGAUGCAGUAACUGGAGCCGGACCCCCUGGAUUCCCUGGACCACCUGGUCAACCUGGACCGCCAGGUAGUGACGGACAUCCGGGUGGCGUUGGCGAACCGGGCCCUAUUGGACCAGCAGGACCGCCAGGACAACCUGGACGCCCAGGUGAACCGGGAGCGCAAGGAUUGCGUGGCGCAGGCGGAGUACCAGGCAGAGAUGCCAUUUAUUGUCCUUGCCCACCGCGUAGCAAUUCAUUCCACCGUCGUCGAGUACUGUCGAAGGCGAAGGUGAGCGGUUCCGUCUGCAUCAUUUCGUGCCCGAUUGGGGCUGUAUCGACAUGA